CGCUGCAGAAAGACCACGCAGGGAGGAAAAGAAAGCGGUGCGAAAGCGCUUAUGAACUUUGGGCACCGCCGCUGCCCGUAGUAGACAUUGUCAACAUGGCGGGUUCCCAAGAUGUCCACGUCCGGAUCUGUAACCAAGAAAUUGUCAAAUUCGAUCUGGAGGUGAAGGCGCUUAUCCAGGAUAUUCGUGAUUGCUCAGGACCAUUAAGCGCACUUACUGAACUGAACACUAAAGUGAAAGAGAAGUUCCAGCAGUUACGGCACAGAAUACAGGAGCUUGAGCAGUCAGCUAAAGAGCAAGACAAGGAGUCAGAGAAGCAAGCUCUCCUCCAGGAAGUGGAGAAUCACAAGAAGCAGAUGCUCAGCAAUCAGACCUCAUGGAGGAAAGCAAAUCUUACUUGCAAGAUUGCCAUCGACAAUCUAGAAAAAGCGGAACUUCUCCAGGGAGGAGAUCACUUAAGGCAAAGGAAAACCACCAAAGAGAGCCUGGCCCAGACAUCCAGCACCAUCACAGAGAGCCUAAUGGGGAUCAGCAGGAUGAUGUCACAGCAGGUCCAGCAGAGUGAAGAAGCCAUGCACACUCUCGUCAAUUCUUCACGGACUAUUCUGGAUGCAAAUGAAGAGUUUAAGUCCAUGUCGGGGACCAUCCAGCUGGGGAGGAAACUCAUCACAAAAUACAACCGCCGGGAGCUGACGGACAAACUCCUCAUUUUCCUUGCUUUGGCUCUCUUUCUUGCUACUGUCCUCUACAUUGUGAAGAAGCGGCUUUUUCCGUUCUUGUAA